GGUCGCUGCACCACGCCCGUCCGGUCGUCUCGCGGCAGAGUGCCAACGUGGCGCGGAACUACCACAAAUAGAGCAGUGGAGCGGAGAAGAACGAAUGGGAAAGAGGCAUGCGGUGGAAGGGGGUCACCGGUAUAUAUGCUCAGGGGAACGCACAGCAGCCCGGGGACAAAAAGAAGCUGGGACAGGAAGCCGAACCAAAGCAACGAAAAUAAGCAAGGAAACGAUGAUGACGAUGACGACGGCGACAAGAAGAAGAAGAACAGUAACAAUGGUGGCGAAUUGAAGAAAAGCAGCGGGAUGUGA